AUGUCGAAGGCUGAUAAAGUGUACCCCCACUACCCGGAUAUCCCGACGACGUCGAUUUCGGACGUUCACCCUUCCCUGGAUGGAAACCCCGACGAGAUCAGCAUUUAUGAGUUUUUCCAAAAAGAGAAGCGGUUGCCGGGCGUGGAGGACACUAGACGCUCCUAUUUCGAAUUUAUCAGCCGCGUCGAGUGCGGAUUUUACGUGAUCGGCCUAUUGCUGCUGUUGUUUUCGAUCGGCCUCGUCGGCCUGGCAGUGCACAUGUGUUUUUACGGCCCAGAAAGUCGU